UAGCCUUUUCCAACUAACCCUGAACUCACCAUUACCGUCGUCUCUAAGAUAAAAUUUCAGGAUUUGCAAAAGAUUGAAAAUUGAGGCACUCGUAUCUGUUAAUCAGUUGUUGUGUACAGCGAGACUGAGAGAGAGAGAGACAGAGAGAGCCGCCAUUAUUGCCUUUUCAAGCCACUCAACCAUUUCCUCUCAGCUUCCUUCUUCUUCAUCCUCCUUUGAUCUUAUCGUUCCCGACGGUUUCUCAUCUUACGCUGGCAGAUCGGUUUCCGAUUUGGUUCCCUCGAUUUUUUUCCCGGUUCUUCUUGAUUUUCCAGACCCCAAGGGGUCCCAAUUUUAAAGGUUUUGCGAAUUUGUCCCUCCCUCGCUUUCAUGGAAUUUCUCUAAUUCCAAAAGAGCCAAAGCUGAAGCUAAUAGUUGCGAACAAUCGCCGCUGCUGAUUCCUAUCAGGUUUUCAGAAUGGCGGAAUCGGAAUCGGUCCCAAUCUACCUGAGCAUUGUUGCCUUUGUUUGCACUGUUGGAGCCAUUGCUCUGGCAGUUAUGCACAUCUACAGGCACCUCAUGAAUUACACCGAACCGACUUAUCAGAGAUACAUUGUUCGCAUCAUUUUUAUGGUCCCGGUAUACGCAUUAAUGUCGUUCUUAUCCCUUGUUAUACCUGCGGUCUCCAUCUACUUUAGUUCCAUCAGGGAAGUCUAUGAAGCUUGGGUCAUUUACAAUUUUCUAUCGCUGUGCUUGGCAUGGGUUGGUGGCCCAGGGUCUGUUGUCGUAAGUUUAACUGGUAGGGUUAUAAAGCCUUCGUGGGCUCUGAUGACAUGCUGCUUCCCUCCCAUACCCCUGGACGGGCGUUUUAUCCGUAGGUGCAAGCAAGGUUGUUUGCAGUUUGUGUUUCUGAAGCCUGCAUUAGCUGCUGUUACUCUCAUACUUUACGCAAAAGGGAAAUAUGCAGAUGGAAAUUUCAGUCCAAACCAGUCAUACCUGUAUCUCACUAUUAUCUAUACAGUCUCAUACUCGAUGGCUCUUUACGCAUUGGCAUUGUUCUAUGUGGCUUGCAGAGACCUGCUUCAGCCUUUCAACCCUGUUCCAAAGUUCAUCAUAAUCAAGUCUGUCGUUUUCCUUACUUAUUGGCAGGGUGUGUUGGUUUUCCUUGCUGCAAAAACUGGAUUAAUAAAGAAUGCAGAAGAUGCUGCUCAAUAUCAAAAUUUCAUAAUAUGUGUGGAGAUGCUACUUGCUGCUGUCGGUCAUCUAUAUGCAUUUCCUUACAAGGAGUAUGCUGGUGCAAAUAUUGGUGCCUCUCGAGAUCUGACCGGAAGCCUCUCUCAUGCCUUAAAAUUGAAUGACUUUUACCAUGAUACUGUCCACCAGUUUGCCCCGACUUACCAUGAUUAUGUACUCUACAACUCUACCGAGGGUGAUGAGGGAAAGAGGACGUAUCGGUCACGCACCUUUGUGCCGACUGGUCCAGAGAUGGAUGCUGUCAGAAGGAACAAGAACAUCUUUGGCAACAAGAUAGAUGACAUACAACUUUCCAGUCUAUCAUCUUCUAGUGCAAGCACUCCGAAAAAAUCUGGCCCCCAGCCUGUACCUGAUUCUGCAAAUUCAGAUGCAAUGAAGUCUUCCCUGCUCGUUGAUACCUCAAAUUCCUCAUCAGUGCCAUAUGACAUGUCACUUAUUGACUUGGACUUGUCCAGUUACCCCACAAAGGUCCCUCCAGCAAACGAACAUGGCACUAGGUGACUAGAACACUAUGUAGUAGAAAGGUUUGAAGAAUGUUCUCCCUAGGAAAGAAGUGUUAAAGGGUUUCGGGGCCUUUGGGAAAGCCUCAUGUGCUUAAUCGUGUGGUGAUGCUGGUGUUGGUAUACCUCUCUUCGUAGUCACAAAUAUUAGGCUUCCCACUGAAAGCUGUUUUAAUGGCCUGUUAGUUCAGUGUGCAUUGUAGAUAUGGAAUUCUAAUUGUCAUACUUGUUAGAUCACAAUAGGAAACAUGAAAUUGAUUUUAUUUUUUCCCCUUUCUGUUUCACAUUGAAGAGUGCCCAUUGGAUUUCAUCGUCUUGAUACUUGAGUAUUUCUUGAGUCACCAUUUGGUCCGGUUUGUAAUCUACUUUUUUCAAGCAAUGGAACUUCACACAAGAAGCAUAGGAAGGUGCAGUGUUUUGUUUUA